CAUCGCGCAACGGCCUUAUCUGUCCGCAUAUAUUGGAUUGAGACAUUGCUCAACAAAGUGAGCCGGGUGUCCGCUCACUGGUAUAUUCACCAUGGCACCGUACUUCGUCCUGGCAGCGUUGGUGUGCGUUGCGGUUGCGGCACCACAGUUAGAGGAUGCUACAUGUGACUCUGGCUCCAUCCGCUCGUCUUCUGGCGAAUGCCAAAAGGUUUCUCGCCUCCACCAUGGACUAGGUGCAAGUUAUCCGUCUGUUGAUUUGUUAGAGGGCCAGCAGGUGGAGGUUGCCGUCCAGUUGACUUCACAAGACUGGAUCCACUUUCAGCUGUGCGGCUCCGAGUCGUGCAACUUGGUCGUCGUGUGGGGGCUAAACCCCUCUGGGGAGCUCUACUACGUCAACUUCACGUCGUGCAACACUGACGGGGACUGGAAUACCGGCGUCAGAGGCCCCGAUGUGAAACCCGAAGGAGCUGCAUACUUUACGCCGGGCCAAUACUCGUUUGUGGCGGAGCACCGGUCUUCACAGCUAGUGGUGUGGCUGAAUGGGUACCCACAGGGAGCUGGUCUCGUCUCGGCAAACCCACAGCUAAAUCAGUUACGCUUACGGGCUGAGAGGGGCACCCCAAUGAACGUCACGUUUGAAGAUAGUACUUGCGCCAGUGACAGUUCCAAUUUUCGGUGCGGCGACGGGUCCUGUGUCAGCAUCUGGUUCAAGUGCGACGGCUUCAGAGACUGCGCGGACGGCAGCGACGAAAGUGACGACAUUUGCGACACGCCGGUGGCGACGGUCAGCGUGGGCGAGGUGGUGACGGUGCGCGUGCAGCACGAGGAGAAGCAUGGCCACGUGGACGUGUCCCUGUGCGACAACGCGUCAUGCAGCACGCUCGCCCUGUACGGCUCCACGCCGGAGGGGGCCCUCUGGUUCUUCUCCUGGACCGGCUGCAACGCCCUGGGGGCCAACUGCACGGCCGGCGUCGAGGAAUACCCGAUCGGUCGCAAGUACUUCCCCUCCGGGGAGUUGGUGCUGGCGGUUCAGCGCAGGGCCUCCGAGCUCGCCGUGUGGCUCGACGGCAGCCCCGACUCCGUAGCCAACGUGACGGUCGGCGCCGCCAACAGAAGGCUGCGGGUCCGCCCAAUUUAUUAAAUGGACGAAGGAACAAUUUCGUCUUGUUCCGUGCUACUUCUUAUAUUUCCGGCAACGUCUGUGAAUUUAAGGCGAAUUACACAACUGAAAGACUA